AAAUAAAAACAAACCUCACACUUUCCUUCUUUUUCUCUCCUUUCAAGACUCAAAAAUUUCUAUCUUAUUGUUGCAUCAUAGAUUCUCUUCACCCCAUUUAAGUCAAAGAAAAAAGUGUAGAAAUAAUUUUAUUUUAUCUUCAACAAAAAAAGUAGUUAUGAAAUGUCUUAUAACAUAUAUAUUCCCCCAACAUAACCCCACUAGUGUUUCCUCAUACAACAACUAUAUACCUUCCAUUUAUUGAUGCAAAUCUAAGAGAAUCAAAAGAUGAAGAAUAAUCAAAGUAUGCAUUUUGUUCUAUCAACUCAUGCAAAACCAAGGCUCAAAUGGACUCAUCAACUUCACCAAAGAUUCAUUGAUGCAAUUAAUCAACUUGGAGGUGCAGAAAAAGCAACACCAAAGAGUAUUAUGAGAGUGAUGCAAAUUCCAGGACUUACUUUGUACCAUCUCAAGAGCCAUUUACAGAAAUAUAGACUUGGGAAAAGCCAACAACAUCUAGAAACAUGUUCUGACAACAAACAAGAUUUCACAGAAAUUAAGAGCAGUGAUGAAAAUUGUGGCAGGGAAAUUAGUUUUGUGGACCAGAAUCAAAUCACUGAAAACAUUGAGAUAGCUCAAGCUCUUGAAAUGCAAAUGGAAGUAGAGAAAAAACUUUAUGAACAAAUUGAGGUGCAAAAACGUUUGCAACUUCGAAUCGAAGCUCAAGGAAAAUAUUUACAAUCAGUAUUGAAGAAGGCUCAAGAUACACUUUCCGGAUUCAAUUCUUCUUCGAUUGGUAUAAAAUUCACAAAAGAUGAACUCUCUCAAUUGGUUGCAAUGCUAAACAAUACUUGUCCAAGUUCUUCAAUUUCAGAACUAACAGAGUCAAGAGGAUUAAGUUUAGAAUGUGGUGAGAGGAAACAGAAAAAUGGAACUAUGUGUUCAUUGGAAAGUUCAUUAACAUCUUCUGAAAGCUCGGAAAGAAAAGAAGAGAAAAAUUCAAUAGAAGAAAUUGGAAACUUAGAAAAUUUUGAUACUAAUUCAUUUGAAUUGCCAUUAAGGAAUGAGCAUUCAACUGUGACAUCGGUGUCGUGUUCGUGUCUGAUGUCUGCGUCGUAUAUGAUUGAGCCCGAUGAUUCAUCUAAUGGGAACAAGUUGAAGAAAGUAAAGCUGUCCGAACUGUUAGACUUGAAUAGCCAAUUUCAGAAUGACAUGGACUCAAGUCACUCAACAGCUUCAAAAACAUUAUUAUUAGAUUUAAAUUGUAGUUUAAGCUCUUGUGAACCAUGAAAAUGGUAUUUAACUUUUAGUUUAUUUAAUUAUAUGAAACUAUGCUAUGCAGCACAAUAUCAUUAAUCAUUAUUUGAAAAGAUAUAUGUCUAAAUAUUAUGUAUACUUUAUUAUAAUGAAAAGAAGAAUUGAAUCUAUAACAUGGUCAAUAAAAUGGGUUUAUUAUGA